AUGGAAAUCAAAAUAAAGAGGCCUCGUUUCUCCGCCGUUCCACCCGGCACAGCCCCAGAUUCCGACAUCGAUAUCGACGAUGAUGAAGGAGUAGACGUACUCAAUCAAAGCAAGCACCUCAUUGAUACACAUAUUCGCUGUUCGACCGGUCAAAGGGUAGAUGGCCGUCCUAAACCUCAUACUCCCAAUACCUCCCACAAACACGAUCCAGUCCAAGCAAUUCUCUCCAGUGCUGAAGGGGAAUAUACUCACCUCAACAAUGAAGUGAUUGGUUCCUCCCGCGGCGAUGCGAAGCUUAGUCGUCAGGCUGAGCAGGUCAACAAUGACCCGGGUGCUGAUUUCCAAGUCUUCGAGGGAUCAUCACAAAUGCAACCAGAUGACGACCAAACACGAACACCCCGUCCCCGCCAGCCGGAUCAUUCGCCGUUUCGGUUCAAAUAUCAUCCACCUGAAGGUGUCAAGCGUUGUCAAUUCUGCAGUAUGGCACAACGGUUGGGAUUUGCUGAUGCGACUGAGUUUGCGCUUGUUGUUGAAAGCAUGACACCAGCUGAACGAAGAGCGUGUCUUGAUCGGUGGUACUCGGAACGACGGGAUGUUCUACUGUCCAAGGAUGAGAAGACCAAGACCGAGAAGAUUAAGGAUGAACACAUUAAAAAUGAACAGAUCAAAGGUGAGGAUAUCAAGGACGAAAUGGUCAAGGAUGAAAACAUCAAAGUCGAACGGAUUAAGAGCGAGAUCAAAGAUGAAAUCCACGAUCAUGAGUCAAGCUCAUAG